GACUUCCGGCGGAAGUAACGCGGGUAGCUUUACUUCUGUUGAUGUGUGGAGUUACAUAAAGGCGGCGGUGUUGUAGGUAAAUGUUUAAUUGGUAACAAAUCAACAACACCUCCAGUUAAGUGUCUGAGCGAGUUCGUCACGGAGUAACUAACUGCUGCUGUUGAAGAAAUAUUCUGAGUUUUUUGAGAAAACUGACGUCAAGUACAAGGAGGAGAUCGAUCGUCAGCGCAGACUGCUGGAUAUCGUUUGGAAACCAGAAGUAAAGCUACACAGAAUAGAUGCAGUUUAGGCUUCCUGCUCCGAUGACCCUUGUCCUCUGACUCCGAGUCCACCUUCUCAGUGUUGACCAGUGGGCGGGGCCGGCCCUGCCUGGAGAGCGUGGUUAGCGAUGGACAGCCGAUGUAGCAGCAUUGAUUCACAGCAGAUCACCAGAGCCGUGGGGUCUGUCAACACCGCACCCCUUUCUGCGAGGGUGGAGUCUUAUGAGGUCGGGGAGAAGAAGUGCAUCUCUGAUGUGAGGAGGACCUUCUGCCUCUUCGUCACCUUUGACCUCCUGUUCAUCACCUUGCUUUGGAUCAUAGAACUCAAUGUGAACGGUGGCAUCGCCGUGCAGCUGGAAAAAGAAGUCCUGCACUAUGACUACCAUGCCUCCUUCUUCGACAUCUUUCUCCUGGCUGUUUUCAGGUUUGCUGCUCUCAUCUUGGCCUACGCCGUCUGUAAGCUCCGUCACUGGUGGGCCAUCGCGAUCACCACUUUAGUCAGCUGUGUAUUCCUCAUCGUUAAAGUCAUCGUGUCCAGGCUGCUGUCUCAGGGGGCCUUUGGGUACCUGCUGCCCAUCAUCUCCUUCGUGUUGGCCUGGAUCGAGACGUGGCUGCUCGACUUCAAGGUUCUGCCUCAGGAGGCCGAGGAGGAAACCAGGUACCAGCCCAUCGUGGACAACAGUGAGCGAGCUCCUCUCAUGUAUCCUGGCCCCCUGUCUGACGGACAGUUCUACUCUCCACCGGAGUCCGUGGCAGACUCUGAUGAGGACCUGGAUGAUAAACAUGAUCCAGAAAAAGGGCUCAUUCAGCAGGUUACUUAACAGGGUCUCCACUUCUAAGGUUGAUGAUUUUCUCCUGCUCCUGUUGCCACCAUGGAAAAACUCUGCCUUACACAUGCUGCCAUUUUAGUUUUUUCAUGUCAAAGCAGUCUCAGUAAUGCUUUAUUUUACAGGUCUGUAAAUUCCAGUGAGUUUCUAAAUAAUUUCCUAAGACGUUUCCUGGAAGGAACUAUAUAAUUUGGUACAAAUCAUAUUUAAAAUUAGAAAUUGAUCAGUUGGUACACUUCCAGUUAUUUAAAAAUGCAAACUGAGGCAUUUUCAUCUGGAAGCAAAGAAUAUAGUCAACACAAAAAAAACUCUUUCAACUUUGUUCCUAUUUUUAUUUGUAAAACUACGUGAUACUUUCCAGGAAACUUUCAAGAAAUUCCUAGGAGAUAGCAGACUUGUAAAAUAAAACGAUAAGGCAGCCUCUAUAUACUUCCACCCAUGUCUGUACAUCACUGUCUGAUAUCAGCCUUCUGCAUGUACACAGAGAUUGGAAACGUGCUGCAUCACAACUUGGGGUUAUUUUUAGGAUUUUCCUUUUCCACAUUUCAGGAAUUCUGAAACUUCUAGGAGAACUCGUAUUAAUAGAUAUGUCUACACAGAGAUGCACACUGUGUCUCAGGCUUCCAGACGUCUGAAGAAUUUUGUGGAAUAAAAAUGAUUAGAUGAUUUCAGUUUCAGACUAUAAAGGUAUUCAAUUUUGUCCCCACAUGAAUUUGAAUUUAGACGAUAUUCAUAACUACUACUUGAAGGUAUUACUGUAUUAUAUUUACAGCAUGUUUACUUUUAAUUUGUGGAUCUUUUUCACACUCUUGGGCCUUAAAUUACUGUAAAGGAAAAUAAGCUUGCUCCACUUUUCAGCCAGUAUUGAGCUUGUGGGCAGUAUCUGCAGUAAACAGACAGCAGAAUAUGUACAAUUUACUGCAUUUAUAACUAGGUUACUUCCAGGCCUUCGUGGAAGUGCCGAAAUGAUCUGCAUGGAGCAUGAGAACGAUAUAAUGAUUUGACAACACUUUAUGCAAAGUAUUGUACUCACACAGGAAGAGCCAUAAAUCUGCAGCAUUUAAACAUGAAGGUUUGGGGGGUUGUUGCUUUAAACUGCUCUAAAGUUGCUGUCAGAUGCAGAUGGAGCUUCAUUUGAGUUAGGAAAAAUUCUGUGUACAUAUCUUCACGCAUGCAAGCUUGGUAGAUAGUUUUUAUGAAAAGCUUGUCUGUAAUGUAGAAUCAUUAAAAUGUGAAACCUUG